ACCUUUCUAAUUUGUCCCCUUUCACUAAUUUAAUUCAUUUCAACUUUACGAUCCCUAACUACAUUUAGUAACUCUCUUACAUUAUUAUAUCAACCAAUGAACUAGUCAUAAGAUCUCUUUCUCUUUCAUUCUUAAAGACUCUCCUCAAGAUUUUCCCCUAACUGUCAGAUUAACUUUUAUAGGGUUUAUCUUUUCAGGCAAAAACAAAUUAUGUACCCUCGUUCCUCCUCCAAGUCCACCACUCCAGACGGCGGCGACGCCGAAAACAAUCCAUAUGAUGAAACUUCAGGUGGUUUCUCCUCCCUCGGUUCUCAAACUCACCAUAAUGUUUCACCUCCGCCGCGGCAGCAGCACAAUCCCAACGUCGUCGGGUUCGGUCAUCACUUCUCAGGCGAACCAUCUACCAUCGGACAUUCCGGCGCUUCUUCCUCUCCUUUGUUCCGACACAGAAGCUCUCCGGCUGGAUUCUAUGACCAACUUCUUCCCACUGAACCCAACGGUUUUUCCCUAGGGCAGCCAAACGGAGGAUACGGCGGAGGAAGAGGAGAAGAGCGAGGGCCAUCUAGGUUGAAGUCGGAGCAGAGAUUCUCAGGCAGGAGUAGUAGUAAUUAUCAAGAACAUAACUCUCUACCGAGAAUCUCGGAGGUACAAGCGGCUGCGGCGGCUAUAAACAGUGCCGCAUCGACGAGUAUGAGUUUUGGAAAUGAUGGUAACAAUUGGGACAGGUCGUCUUCUCAAAUCAGUUUCACCAUUGAUGAACGGUCCAAGACCACCGACUUUUUCACCUUAGAAACUCAGUUUAGCAUGCCACAAACGUCUCUGGAAAUGGCGAGAAUGGAGAGUUUGAUGAAAAUCCCAGAGGGUUCGGUGCCCUGUAGGGUUAGGGCCAAGCGUGGAUGUGCGACUCACCCGCGUAGUAUAGCUGAAAGGGAUAGAAGAACGAGAAUAAGCGGGAAGCUGAAGAAGCUACAAGAACUGGUGCCUAAUAUAGACAAUCAAACGAGCUAUGCAGAAAUGUUGGAUUUGGCUGCUGAGCAUAUCAAAGGUCUUCAACACCAAGUAGAGUCACUAGAAAGGGGGAUGGAGGGCUGCACUUGUGGGGCGUGCAAGAAGCGAUGAUGAAAGAGUGAUAUGUUUCUAAAGAUGAUCGAAGAAAGUAUAGAAGAAAAAGAGACGGAAGGAAUCAAUUCAAAGACAACGAACACAAUAAAAAAGAUUUUGAUUAUAUAACUUAAGCAUACUCAUUAUAAAUUCAUAACCGGUUGCAAGUUGAGUGCUUAUCUCUCUCGAAUCUCAAUAUAUUAUUUUAUAAGCCAAUCAGGAGUACAGUUGUCUAACACAUCAAUAAUAGAGAAAGACGAGGCAAAUUCUGCCAACAUUAGAACAAAUUGGCUGGCCUGCCAAGCUUUAAAGUAGAAGGAAGGUUGAAGAAAGCUUCUGUAGUUUUAUGCCUAGAUAAAAUACUUGUAAACAGAUCGUCAUCAUUAAAGAUAAAGAUGAGAAGCUGGUGGAGAGUGCUAUCGAACAUAUAGAAUCACUAUCCGAACGUAUUUCAGAGUCUGGAUAAUUUUGUUAACUCUCGUAUGUUCAGCUUUCAGGCCAUCACAAGCAUGAAAUACAACUUGAAGGCACUCCAGGUAAUGAAUGCUUCGGUCUUGCCUUGUUGAACUUUGUAUCCAGACUCUGUAAGGGGAGACACUGAUGGCCUAGCUAGUCUCAUGGUUCUUGGUGUAUAUAUUUUAUCUUUUGUAUGUCUCUAACUUGUUCUUCUUGUGUUAUAUACAUCAUAAAUGAUUCAAGGUGGCUACUUGAGAUAGAAGCUUGAAUUGAAGGAAAAUUAAAAUAGAUAUUUACAUAUAGAUUAUUGACAAAUUUUACAUAUUAUAUAUAAUUUUAAAUAAUCUUUCACAGUUGAAAAACAAAUUCUCAAGUAUCUUAAUGUUUCAAAUCUAUUCAAAUUUCAAUUUUCUUUAUAUUUAUUUGAACAAUAAAUAAUUAUUUUAGAUUUUUAAUCAUCUUUUUCAUAACCAUUAUAUUAAAUUAUUCAAAAUACUUGAAAAUAAUUAUUAUAAAAAUCUUAUCAAAACACCUAUAACCUAAAGAAAAUUCGAUAUCUUCAAAAUACACCUAAAUUUCCAUCAAAUCUAAAAACUUAUAAAAUUUUCUAAACCUCUAAUCCAAUAAGCAUUUUUAUUGCAAUAAAAAUGCAUAUAGAUUUCGUGAAUUCUCUUUUCUUUUUAUAUUUACAUUUUUUUUUCUCCCGAUAACUAUAAGUACAUCUUCCUAAAUCCUGAAGCCCACUAACCGAAUUAUUUCUUGCGUCCAUGGGAUCAUCCUCAAGCACGGUAAUCUUCUUCUCCUUAAUUAUGGCCUUCUUCUUGUACAGAUCUGAAGUAACUUUUGUUUGCUAUAUGUUCGAACUUAACUUUUUGUGUAUUAUGAUUUGACUUUCAACAACAGCCACCAAGACCUUCUACUAAUAGAAUAUUAAAAUCAAUCUGUGUUGACAAUCUCGUAUACAAUUGUCAAAGAUUAGAUAUGUAAGUAUAACACAGUACACACCUUUGGUUACUAUUGAAAGUUUUCCGUUGACCACUAUUGUUAUCCUCCAGAGAGGAGUUCUUCAAAGAAGUUGGCCAAGUUCUUAAUGUUUUUUUUACUAAAUUAUAAAUAUCAUAUAAAUGAAAAAAAGAUUUUACACAAGCAAGAUCUUAAGUUUGACACAUCUUGGCAAAAAGAAAGAAGAAACAAGAUAGAUCAAACAACAUCCAAUUCAAUGGACACCAUAAGCACUUAUCCUAACCAUAGAACCAUAAAUGAGCUGAAAAGCUUGUUCGAUCUCCUAGAGGAAAUAAUAUUCCGCAUCUCCCUGUGGAUGGCUCUGAAGACAUUAGUAGCUGGCAGAGAAACAUUGUUGUGGAUCAUAUUAUUUCUCUCUUUCCAAAAGUGAAAGACUACAGCUUGAAAAGCCAACUUCCUAAGCAGAAGAUUCCUCCUUAGGACAAGGAGGAACCUUGUAGAACACCAUGGCCGUUUCUGUGAAUUUGCCUAUGUUGAGUUUGCUUCGAUCCAAGAAGCAGACAAGGUUAGACUACUUUCUUUUUGCUAUUCCUCUGAAAGUUUAGAAUUUCAUACGAAUAAAUUUGCAAUACCAAAAAUAACAUUAUUUAAUAUCAUAAUUUCAAAAAGUUAAAUUUAUUUUAGUAUUAUUUUUUAAUUCUUAUUUUAAAAUGUAAAACAAUUUAAAAGUAGUAUUGAAAACACACAACUUCUAUUACUGUGAAACUAAUAAAAUCUAAAAAAAACUUUUGAGGGAGUAUAUGAGUUUAUGAAAGCACAUUUCAUUUGACAAGUAAAGAUUUCUGAUUAAAUUGUUUUCUACUUUUAAGGCGAUGGCCUUUAACGGUUGAUCUUUGCUAGGUCGUGAGAUUCGUCUUCAACUCCACAAAGCAGGCACACUUUGAUGUUUUUUUCCAGUGUCUAUGUUAGGAUAUUCUUGUGUUGUUUUGAUACGUGAUAGUAUUCUUCUCCCCUGCGUAUUAGAUUCUUCUUCUUUUUUUAACUUCUGACUCAGACUCCGAGGAAGAAGUGGAUGGUGGAUUUAAUGUUGACGUAUGUACCUCUCUCUUUUUUCUCUUAGUGCAUAUUAUAUUACUAAUGAGAUUAUUAGUCCAUUUGAUAAAAAUAAGGACCUAGUUGCGGGUUUGCUAUAUGUUUGUUUGAUAUUAACUUUUUGUGUAAUAUUAUUUUGACUUUCAGCAAUAUCCAUCACAAACCCCUCGUCUUGUUCGCGCUCCAUCAUAAAUAAUAUAAGUUGAUAAUCUCGUAUACUAUUGUAAAAGAUCAGAUUGUAAGUAUAACACACCUUUUGUUAUUAUUUUUUUGUAAGUUUUCCAUUGAUCUUACUAUUUAAUUAUCCUCUCCAGCGAGGACUUCUUCAAAGAAGCUGGCCAAGUUGUUAAUGUUACAAUGAUUAUGGGACGCGAUGGCCCAGUUCGAUGAAUUUGCCUACGUUGAGUUUUCUUCGAUUGAAGAAGCAGACAAGGUUAGUUUCCUAUAUGAAUUUUGAUGAAAUUAAAGCACAUUUCAUUUUACAAUGUAAACUAUAGUUUGCUGCUUACAUCUUUUUCUACUUUUUUAAAAAGGCCAAGUCCUUUCACGGCAGAUAUUUGCUCGGUCGUGAGGUUCAUACCUGACUCCACUAAGCAGGUAAAUAAAUGUCUUUGUGGUUUCUUUGUUUAACGAUACUCUUGUCUUGUUUGAUACCUGAUAUUAACUCUUUUUUUCCUGUAGUGGCUCUCAUGGUUACUUUUCAAACGGAGAAUCAAUCAAGAAUAAUUCAUUAAGUGUUUUUCUUUUUCUUUCUAUCUUCUUCUUGACUUAUAAGUUCCAACUGUUUGUUCUUUUUAGAAUAAUUUUAUUGGGGAUUUUUUUAAAAUCUAAGGGACAACAUACACUUAUCUGGAAACCAAAUUAAUUUUAGGAUACCCAAAAAGUUGAUUGGGAUCUACUAUAGAAACAACACUAAAGUAGAUCUUAUAAAAGUUGAUUAAUAAGAAGCUAAGCUGUUCAGAAGCUGAUGCUGGUUAUUGUUGUUCAUAAUCGAGAUCGGACGAUCUCGCUCUUCUGGUCGUUUCUUUCAACGUUAUUACCUAUCAAAGGUCAAAGUUUUCGAUUGCUAAACGGUUAGUUUAAUAUAGAUUUGUUAAACCGUUAGAGUAACCAAUAACCAAACCAAAUUGGUCAAAUUUACUUGACUUAACCGGAUCCAAUUGGUAGUAGAAAUGGCAUUAUGUUUUGUCACUAAACUUGCGAGACGAUAAAAUAUUAUACCAUUUGAUCUAAUAUUAUGAUGUGUUGUGAUUCGUUAUCUGAGCUAGUAUUUAACAGAGAGGCAAAAUGAUUGUCGACAUUAUGGUCCGAUUGUUUGAGACUUGUAUUUUGCUGUCAAGGUUUUUUAGUUUGAAAUUUAUAGUUUUACUGUUAAAAUGUUGAAUGUGGCUUUAGAAAUACUAAAAAUUACAGAAUUGUAGUUUUAAGAAAAACAAACGACCUAAAAUGGCAAUCUUUGGGGGUGGAUGCAGUAGUGGAUGUUGGAGGAACAUUCACAUCAUUAGUGUAGACAAAGAUGAACAUGACGUAGAUGUAGUAGUGGAUGUAAUAGCAAAGAUGAACAUAAUUGAGAGUGAAGUAGUUGAGGAGAAAUGUGCAAUCUUUGUUGUUAUUGUUGUUUUGAGCUAUGGCUAUCGCGUAGUCUCUUUACAAGACCCACAACUAUCUGAGACAACUUUUCCUCUUCUUUCCUACCUUUUUCCCAUUUGUCCUUUAAAUUACACUCUAGAUUUAUAUUCUUCAAAAGAAUAUAUAUCUUCUCUAUUAAAAGAGUUGUAAUUACUUUUUAUGAAAAACAAUUCUUCACAAAUUGAAUCUUAUCACUGGGGAAGUUAUAUAUUUCAUAGGAAUUAUAUUUUACAUUAAAAUAAAGCAUAUUUAAGCAUUUUGUCUGGUUUGACGAAGUUAGCUCCUCUUGUAUAUCAAUUCUAAAUUAUUUGGGUUUAUUAGAUAUCUUUAGUUUAUCAGUUAUAUCAUGGACCAAAUUAAAUUUAGGACGUAUUGUUAAAAAAUGUCUAUACAGUGAGAGUGAACCGAGUUUGAAAUCUUCUAACUAAUAUUUGUUUAAUCUAACUUUCUUUUGAUAAAAUUUAAGUAUCUAGUUAAUGUAGACAUGUUUAAUCGUAUCGUAGACGAACUUAAAUGUAAAUAUUUCUGCAAACAAAAAAGAAUUACUUUACGUGGAGUAAACUAACUUGUGAUUUUAUGUGACUAAUUAUUUUCUAGUGGAGCCUAUGUAGAUGUUGCAAUUUCUAACGUCUACAAAACAUAUAAGUAUUGAAAUAUCAUGAAAUCGUAUGUGGUUUAUGGAGUGGAUCAAGUUAAAGUUUUAGAUUAUUGCCUUUUACACUUUAGUUCAUGUUGUAGACCAAAUAGGGUAUUUCUUAGUAGACAAGGCUUUUUUUUUUGUUAAAACAUGGUUAUUAAUUAUAUGUAUUGUUAAAACAUGGUUAUUAAUUAUAUGUAACGUAAAACACACAAAAAGUUAAAGAAAGAAAUGUGAGGAAAAGAUAAUCUAAACACGAGUAAGCUAUUCCCAAAACAUUUUGUUUCCAAGGGAACGAGAGAGUUAUCUAUUUUAGUACUUUACAAUAAAAAAGGAAUAAGCCAGAGCAAAUCAAGUGUGAAAUUAAACAAGAACAUUUUUAUGAAGUUCGAAAUCAAGCAAUAAGGAUAAAUCGACAUAAAUGAUGAGUCAUGUAUCCAGUUACUUUCUUCUUUUUUUGGUCAUAUAUCAUUGUCAUUAUAUAGUGUGAUGUUUGUAAGUUGCUCACAUGGUUUUUAGAGUUUGCGGAUGGAGCCGGUGUGCCUUCCACAGGUGCACGUGCCGCCAUUGGUCAUGCACUGGCUACGCCCCUGGCCUUCCAUUGAAUAUAACUUUUUAACUUUAGCCUAAUUCAUUGGAUCCAUUGUUUUCUAAACGUUUGAAAAGAACUGAUCUUUUGAAAAGAACGGAUGUACAUGGCCCAUGUAUAAAUUAUCUACUUGAACGUCACACGGUUACCACUUACCAGAAACAGAAACCAUUCUUGUUUGGUCGUUAUAAUGAACACAUGCCUUCUUUGCAUGGGAUUCUUCUUUCGUCGACUCAGAAAAAAAACUCUUUAAAAACAGAAGAGAGCGAGAGUAAUCAAAACAUAAGAGACAAUAGUUCACGCGAGAUAUCGAGAGAGAGAAAACGCUGAUUUCCAGAGAUCGCCUGUGAGAAAAGAAGAUAGAGAGCGCUGUGACUCUACAAUGGAUUUCCCGCAGAUUCUUCGUUUCAUCCUUGUUCUAGCCAUCAUCAAAGUUGCAGUUACUAUUAAGACUUCGGAUGGAGAUGAUGUCGAAUGUAUCGACAAAAUAAAGCAGCCAGCAUUUGAAAGCACUUUACUAAAAAAUCAUAAAAUUCAGGAAUGGCCGUCCGAAAUUCCUCGGACAGUCGAAGCAGACAAGAAAAGCAAACUGGAAACUUGGGAAGCUCAAGUUAGUACUGUCAACUGUCCAGAAGGAACCGUACCAGUACGGAACUACAGUGUCAGUAAGACUGACCGGACAGGGCCUGAUUUCACCAGUUACAAUCGUGGACAUGAGUAUGCGAUCAUAAGAGAAAAGCCCACCAGAACUAUACGGAGCAAAAGCCACGAUUAACGUAUGGGAUCCGGCGAUAGAGGGAAAGGAGAUGUCUAUAUCUCAGAUUUGGAUUAGCUCGGGAAAAUAUAAGACUAAUGACCUUAACACCCUAGAGUUUGGCUGGCAGGUUCUUCCGAUCGACGUUGUAUGGCGAUAACAAACCGAGGCUAUUUAUUUUUUGGACAAGUGAUUCGUAUAAGAACGGAUGCUAUAACCUAAGAUGCUCUGGUUUUAUACAAACUAGUAGCAGUAUUGUCCUUGGUGGAGCUAUUUCUCCCACUUCUUCUUUCGGAGGUAGUCAAUACGAGAUUACCAUACUUGUAUGGAAGGAUCGUAUAUAUGGGAAUUGGUGGCUGAGUUUGGGACCCAGUAACUUAUUGGUAGGUUACUGGCCGAAAGAACUUUUCACAACCUUAGCUGAUUACGCAACCAUCGCGGAAUGGGGCGGUGAAAUCUUAAACUUGCAAAAUUUCAGCCGCCAUACAAAGACUCAAAUGGGGUCUGGCCACUUCCCCAAAGAAGGAUUCGGUAAAAGCAGCUAUUUCCGCAACCUCAAGUUCAUAGAUAACAACAAUAGUCUGCAGCCGAUCCAAAAUAUCAAGAAAAUAGUAACAAACCCUGAAUCCUACAACGUCAAGACUGAAUAUACAGAUGAAUGGAAGAGCCAUUUCUUUUAUGGAGGGCCUGGGUUUAGAUCUACGCAGUCUCGAGCCGUUCCUUUGGCAUUCAGUUCAUGUUUUGUCAUCUAUUGCUUAGCACUUUUUAUGGUUUAGUUGUUUCAUGUUUUUAUUUAACUUUGUGUUGUAAAAGUACUUUGUUUAUAAUGAAAUAUAUCAAUGGUGUAACUAUGCUUA